CGUAAAUUUAGUUAAAUCUCUAACCGUGGUGAGCGCUACAUGACGCUCUUCCGGUUAAGUCUUUUCCAAGUGGUACGAUAAUCGGGCAAGAUGGCUGAAGUAACCGCCACUAUCAGAACGCGAAAGUUCAUGACCAACCGUCUAUUAUGCCGCAAGCAAAUGGUCGUUGAUGUACUCCACCCAGGUCAGCCGUCGGUGCGCAAGACCGAGAUUCGUGAAAAGCUUGCAAAGAUGUACAAAGUAACGCCAGACGUAGUCUUUGUUUUUGGAUUCCAGACGAAUUUUGGUGGUGGUAAAUCCACUGGCUUUGCUCUAAUUUACGAGACUCUUGAUUUUGCCAAAAAGUUUGAACCCAAACACAGGCUUGCAAGGCACGGACUGUACGAAAAGCAGAAACAAACAAGAAAACAGAGGAAAGAACGUAAGAACAGAAUGAAGAAGGUCAGAGGAACGAAGAAGAGCAAGGUCGGAGCAGCGGCUAAGAAGGCAAGAAAGUAGACGAAAUCUUUAUUUGUACUCUACCAACUUCGGGAGAUGGAUGGUCUCAUAAUUAUGAUGUAUUAUACUCGAUCCGCAUGUCAACGCAACUCUGCCUCUUACUUUCUGGGAUUACAAAAAUCACAAAUCUGCAACUUCCAUUAAAAAAAAAAAGAAACGAAAAAAUCUUGUAAAUUCGUCGUUCUCUUCAAUUCUUCG